UUUUAUCGUUCUCGUCUUCACUUCUGUAUUCAAUCCUUUACUCUCGUUCUAUGAAGUAGGAGAAGACACUUCAACCCGGAAAUAUGGUUCGGUUUAUGACUGUAGUUUUCAUCUUAGCGACUGUUUAUCGCAGCUAUUCGAAAAGGAUACCUCUAAUAAUACUGGGAGUUGAUGGGUACGCAUACCAGGCAUACGAGAAGUUCAAGAACAAAACUGAUGAAAAUUUCUUAGCGUUUCCCAUCAAGCCAGUCUUUCCCUCUGCAACCUUCCCUAACUUUCUCUCUAUCGCAACGGGAUUGUAUCCGACACAACACGGCAUUAUAAACAACAAAUUCCUUAACAAAGACAAAAACGCAACAUUUCUCUUUAACAACUUACAACACGAUCAGUUUGAUUGGUUCAGGGGAGAACCGAUUUGGAUAACGGCUAAGAAGUCAGGACUGCGAGUCUAUACGGAUAUGUGGAUUGGAGCAUCUGCUUCGUAUAGCGGUAUAAAACCGGACUUUUACUCUUUGUUUAACCCUACCAAAACAUUCCAACAGAAAACUAAAGACCUUAUUUCAAAUAUAGACGAUGAAAAAACAAGGUGUGACCUAUAUAUGGUGUACUCUAACGAACCAGACAGGUCGUUACAUGUUACAAGGUUGAGUGACAGAGCCGAGGUAGAGAGAAUUCACAAUAUGGUGGAGGAACAGAUAUCACAACUCUUAUCUUCUUUGGGAGACAGAGAUUACAAUAUAAUUGUAGUAUCAGAUCACGGGAUGGCUAGUUUUGAGGAGAGAUUCUCGCUGAGUAAGGAGCUGGAGGAUCGUGCUCAACUCUUCAUUGGAGGUCCGUUUGGAAUGUGGUACAUAAGGGAGGGAGACGAGAUUGAGAAUGUUGUUGAGGAUCUAAAUGAAUAUCUUGUUGAUAACGGAAUGGAGGGUGUUGUAGCUACCGACACCGCCUCCCUCCCGAGCAGGUUCAACUUGUGCGGGCUCGAAAAAGAGGGGUUGCCGGAGAUUGUUCUGAUGGUGGAUAAUGAGGCCAUGGUACAGAACCAGUACCCAUCUCAUUUUAAAAGUGGACAUGGGUACGAUAACGAGCUGCCUGAAAUGCAAGGUCACGUGAGAGUACACGGUCCGGGGUUUAACGAGAAGGCUAAAACUGGUCACAUGACCGACCACGUGGUUAUGAACACAGAACUUUACAACCUCUUCUGCUCCCUACUUCGAAUACACCCAGCAGACAAUACAGGCAACCUGAAAACCUUUGACUUCCUGUUAGUGGAACCUCCAAACUGGGAGCUCUCCUACACCCAGCUCUCUGAACCUUGCAGUAAAGAAGGGCAACAAGAUGAUUUACGGAAGGACGACUCACAAUCUAUAUGUGACGGUGAGAGAAAUGAAAGCUAACAAACAUCUCUGUGAACUGUGCGCUUGUAACUACGAACUGACAGAGUAGACAGCAAAUAUUUUAUCAUUUGAGAUGAGAGAUAAACAAACAACAUAUAAUAUAGUAUUUAUUUACAGUAGUGAAUAAUAUGUGCAUGCAUAAUAAUUCAAGGUAACAAGGUCCGAAGUGCUUCCAACGUGACGUAUAAGUUGAAAUUAUCUCCUUGCCGUGACCUUGUAUGUUCUUUUGACUGUUUUCUUUUUUAUUUAUUAAAAAUUGUAUUUUCGAUGCUUGAUUCUUACAAAACUUAAUUAACUUUGUCUAUCUAUUCUUUGAAUCAAUCAUAGACCAAGUGAAAUCAUUAAUUUAUUUUGAAAAUUUGAUUUUUUUAUGUAACUUAUGACAGUUUUUUCCUGAGAGCAAUCAUAAAAAGUGG